UUGGUCAAAACCCACAUAAAAUCCUCCUUUUUCCUUCUUCCUUCCAUAUUAAACUUAAAGAACACCAUGCAAUUUCUCCAUUAAAUAACCUUCUCUCUUCUUCUUCUUCUUCCUCCUUUCAUGGCUUCCUCACACAGACUCCCACUCUUCCUUCUCCCACCAUUACUCCUCCUCCUCUUCCUUUUCCCGCCAAAUUAUCACAACCCUUUUCCUCUAAUUACAACUCAAAACAUCCCUUUUUUCCACCCAUCCAAACAACCCCCACCGCCACCGCCGCAACUCCCCUCUCAAUUUCCUCCCGCCGCCGUCGAACCACAGCCUCUGCCACAGCCGCCCCCCUCCGCCAACAAGAGGAUCGAGGAGGAUUUGGCGAGAGCUCGAGCGGCGAUCCGAGAAGCCAUUGUACGGCGAAACUACACGUCGGAAAAGGUGGAAAGCUUCAUACCCAGAGGAAGGGUUUACAGAAACGCAUACGCUUUCCAUCACUCAGGAGUCAUAUUGAGAUGGUGAAGAGGUUCAAAGUAUGGACCUACAAAGAAGGAGAGCAGCCAUUGGUCCACGAUGGGCCGAUGAAAAACAUAUACUCAAUCGAGGGUCAUUUCAUCGACGAGAUGGACAGCGGAAAAAGCCCAUUUUCGGCCCAAAAUCCAGAUGAGGCCCAUGUUUUCUUCUUGCCCGUAAGCAUCGCUUACAUCAUCGAGUACAUCUACACGCCCAUUACCACUUACGCACGUGACCGCCUCAUUCGCAUUUUCAAGGAUUAUGUGAGGGUCGUAGCCGAUAGGUACCCUUACUGGAACCGAACUCGAGGCGCCGAUCAUUUCAUGGCCUCCUGCCACGAUUGGGCGCCUGACAUCACACAAACGGAUCCUGACCUCUUCAAAUAUCUCAUCAGAGUUCUCUGCAAUGCGAACACAUCCGAAGGCUUCAAUCCUGUGCGAGAUGCGUCGUUGCCGGAGAUUAACUUGCCUGCAAAUUUCCAUCUCGAUCUUUCUCGAUCGGGCCAACCGCCAGAGAAUCGCUCGAUUCUGGCGUUUUUCGCCGGCGGAGCGCAUGGAUUCAUCCGCAAGAUGCUAUUCGAGCAUUGGAAGGAUAAAGACGACGAAAUCCAGGUCCACGAGUACCUUCAUAAAGGCCAGAACUACGGCGAAUUUAUCAGCCGAAGCAGAUUCUGCCUGUGCCCUAGCGGAUAUGAAGUUGCAAGCCCUAGGUUAGUGGAAGCGAUCCAAGGUGGUUGCGUACCGGUUAUAAUCUCUGAUUAUUACUCUUUGCCGUUCGACGAUGUGCUCGAUUGGAGCAAAUUCUCUCUGCGGAUUCCGUCGAAGAGAAUUCCGGAGAUCAAGAAGAUCUUGAAAGGCGUUUCGCCGGCUAAGUACUUGAAAUUGCAUCAAGGUGUGAUGAAAGUGCAGAGACAUUUUGAGGUCCAUCGGCCGGCGAAGCCGUUUGAUGUGUUUCAUAUGGUGCUUCACUCAGUUUGGCUUAGACGACUCAAUAUUAGGCCUUCGCAUUGAA